GCUUGCUGGUUUCCAUUGAUCAGCACUUUGAACAGGGGUGCUCCUGUUAUUAUAACACGGGAUAUUAAUAAGUAUAAUUGCUGCAGUAGUGGAUUGUGAGAUCAAAAUGCCCCGCCGAGGUUAUGCCAAUUUCACUUAUUUAAUACAGCGACGGUAAUAAAAAUUACUUUUGCCCAAAUUGGCGUCCAAGGUAAUUACAUUGUACAUUCUGAACGCCCCCCUAACAACUCGAAGGUAGCCUGCUUUGCCUCUGAAAAGCUUGUAUACAUAAAUCCGUGCGUGCGAACAUUUGAUAAGGGGAUUUUGUUUCAAGUUUUUAUGAUAUUAAAAAAAAAUUGAAGACAUUCAGAAUCAAUGUUUCCAAGCCAUGGUUCAUUUCAAUAAUGUUUUCUUGUGACGUUCUACGAUUUUGGCCACGGGAACAACUUAUUCGGAAAUUCUUUGCUGCAUCUUUGUUACUGCUUAUGUUAUUUUCGAUUUUUCUUUUCGGGAUUUUAAUAUCGGAGAAUGAAAGAUUUUCCAAAGAAAUUGAAGGAAAUGGAGAAACCAAGCAAGAACCUUAUAUUGGAACUAAAGCAAAACCGCGCUCUUUGCAUCAAUCUGAUAUACCACAGGAAGACAGUGACAUUUUCUAUGUCGACAGUGAACCAAAAAAUGUCGUAGCAGACGACCAGUUGCAAAUCGUGACGUCACACCCGGUGAAAAAGUUACCGAAUGUGUUGAUCAUUGGUGUCAAGAAGUCCGGAACAAAAGCACUCGUAGAAUUUCUAAAAAUACACCCAGAUGUCAGUGCGCCAGCAAACGAAAUCCAUUAUUUCAGCAGGAAUUUUCAUAAAGGUCUUGACUGGUAUAGGCGACAGAUGCCUGUGUCUAUUGGGAACCAAAUAGUCAUAGAAAGGACGCGUGGUUACUUUGUUCACAAAGAUGCUCCGUUGAGAAUUUCCCUCCAAAUUCCUAACGCUCGACUAAUUGUAGUGGUUCGAAACCCAGUGCUUCGUUCCCUCUUAGAUUACACCUCUCAGUGUGUAAGGAAUAAAAGCAAAGUAUCUUUCCUGGAAAACUUCUUUUGGAAUAAUAUUACCGGUUUCAUUGAUAUGUCACGUGACUUUGUACAAACCAGUAUGUAUGUGAAGUUUAUGGAGAAUUGGUUGAGCUAUUUCAAACUUGAACAAUUCCAUUUUGUAAACGGCGACAUGUUAUACAAGAACCCAUCUCUAGAGCUCAGUAAACUGGAGACAUUUUUGAACCUCAGGAAUAUGAUCUCAUCAGACCAUUUCUUUUAUAACACGUCCAUUGACGCUCUUUGCAUCAAGAAAUACGAAUGUCAAGGUCGUUCUCGUUGUUUUACAGAGAACAAGCUAAAAUAUCGCCCGCCAUCUUAUUUAGUGCGGCGCCUACGAGAUUUUUUCCACCCUUUUAACGAGAAAUUUUAUAAACAAACGAAACAACAUUUCAGCUGGAAUAUUUAAUUUGCACACUGGGCUUUUUCACCAGAUGCAAUAACUGGGCGUGUUGCCCUUUAUAUGUCUUUCAAAGUUGCGUGUCAAUCGUUGCUUGUAUAUACCAAGAACAUUAAUAUUGUUGAUAGUAUUGAAAACCCGUUACUUUUAAAUGCAUUUUUAUUAUACUUAUAUGUUUAUAUAAUGAAUAUUUGUUUUCCUUAUCAAUACAUGUUAUUUCUCAAUGAAUCCGAUUGUUGUUGUUGUUUUCAUGUAUUCAUUAUGGGUUUGAAAAAUUAAAAAACUGAGCUUGCCUUACUGAAUAGGUUUUAAAGCUGCUAUGUCUGAUUGUAUGUCAUAUUUGAUGAACGUUUACGUCGUAAAACAAAGGUUUUAUUAUGAUUGUGUCUAUCGAAAAGCAACAAAUUAGAUUUUUUAAGUCAUUUAAUACGCUUGUCUUGGGUUUUCAUUUAAUAUACAGAACAAAAGUUUCCGAUUAUUAAACUAUCAUUUGAA